UGUUUCCUUAUUAUACUAAAUAUAGUCUUUUGGCACAAGAAGGUUAAUAUAUUAGUGUUGACUCUGGCUCUGAGGACAGCAGUGUCUGAUGGCAGCUGUGAUGCUGGACCAGCUUUUUCUACUUAUGUUUAAGGUUAGCCACCUGUCUUUGAUCUCUAGCACGCACACUUGUCUUUUUUUAGGAUUACACCAGUGAGAUUAUUAUCUGCACUAUAGCAGUUCUGCCUCACAUAGAUAUUUCUAGACAAAACUUUAUUAAACCAGAAAUAAUGCAGACAGGAAGGGGAGGUUCUGAUGUACAUCAUGUGUUGGUUGUAUUUCAGUCUGUUGCUCAGACAGUCAGCAGGAAGACAGCAUGGAGGUCACAGCUCUCUGCAUGAGACUGUGGAUGGACAUGUUGGUCAUGCUGCUUGUAAGAGUUGACCACAGUUACUUUGCUCAGAAAGCUAAUGCAGCUUUUCCUCGCGUUCUUCCAGACAGACUGCAGUUUUUUGAAUAUGAGAAUGUCAGUGUGAUCUGUCAAGAGUUAGGUGGUUUGACUGAAUGGCGAGUGAUGAGGAGGCUUAACAACAGAAAUCCAACAGAUUCUUACACCUGGCAGUCAUCAGCACCAUCUUGCACCAUUCAUCUCACCUUUUCACAUCACAGUGGAGAGUACUGGUGUGAAGAUGCAGAGGGGAACACACACAAUGCUGUCAUCAUCACCAUCAAUCCUGGUUCUGUGAUCCUGGAAGUUCCUGCCAGUCCUGUUAUGGAGGGAGACAACGUGAGUCUUUAUUGUAGAAAGAAGGAUACUCAGUCAAAUCACAUGGCUGAUUUCUACAAAGAUGGAUCCACACUCGGGACCUGGUAUUCAAACAUGACCAUCCAAAAUGUUUCCAAGUCUGAUGAAGGACUCUACAAGUGCAGCAUCUCUGGAGCUGGGGAAUCACCGCAGAGUUGGCUAACUGUCUUAAAAGUAAAAGGUGAUGAAGGCAUGUUUAAUAACUCCAUUCCAGCAGCCGACGAAGAGAGCCGUCCUUCCAGUCACCCCCCUAAUCUGCCCUCCCUGCUCUGGAUUGUUGUGUUGGUGGCUCUGAUGCUGUUGGUGAUGGGACUUCUUCUCUGUAGGAAACACAGGGUAUUGGGCUGUUUGUUGUCUGGAAAACCAACAACAGGAUCGCACUCACCUGCAGAUCCUGCAGAUUCAAGAGUGGACAGUAUCGCUGAUCCACAUCAUGCAACAUACGCUGUUGUCAAAAAACAAAGAAGAGAGAAAGUGUCUGAUGGUGACAAUGCAGGUGAUCCGGACCUUAUGACAUACGCUGUUGUUAAAAAACAAAGUAAGAAGAAAGAGCCGGACAGGUCCGGAGCAGCUUCCAAGCGACGUCUAACAGACGAGAGUGUUGUCUAUUCUACAGUCAACAGUGUUGUCUAUUCUACAGUCAACAGGUUAUAUAACUCCGCCCUUCAGGCCUGUGACUCUCUUUUCCCUCCAAAUCAAACCACACCAGGCAAAGCAAAGACAAGGAUUGAUUUGACCUCCAUCACCGGCACAGUGACAGAGAAAGAUGCCUCACCUCUCGCUCUGUCUCUGUAUAUGAGUCCCAUGAGCCAGCACUCUGGUGAUGCCCAGACUUCACAUGUAGAGGCCUUCAUCAGCCUUGGACACUGCAGGGAUGGUCAUCUGCCCCGUGGAGAUCUGUCCUUCAGGAAGAUGCUGGCCCGCAGGUUGGAAGAGUUGCUUUGA